CCCCAGGCGCCCCCGUCAUGGCGGCCGCGGCGCUGCUGAGGCGGCUCUGGCCCGGGGCCGCCCCGCGCCGCACGGCCAGCACCAACCCCUUCGCGCGGGAGCAGGAGCGACGGUGGCGGCGGCGGAACAGGACGGCGCUGACCUACGUGGCGGCGGCGGCCGUGGGCAUGGUCGGGGCCUCCUACGCCGCCGUGCCCCUCUAUCGUCUCUAUUGUCAGACCACGGGGCUGGGCGGCACGGCCGUCGCGGGCCACGGUUCGGACCGCGUCGAGACUAUGGUCCCCGUGGGAGACCGGGUCGUCAGGGUGGCCUUCAACGCCGACGUGCACGCGGGCCUCCACUGGAACUUCCGUCCGCAGCAGAGCGAGAUCUACGUGGUCCCGGGGGAGACGGCCCUGGCGUUCUACAAAGCCAAGAAUCCCACCGACAGCCCCGUCAUCGGGAUCUCCACCUACAACAUCGUCCCUUUCGAAGCGGGCCAGUAUUUCAACAAGAUUCAGUGCUUCUGCUUCGAGGAACAGAGGCUCAACCCUCGAGAGGAGGUGGAUAUGCCGGUGUUUUUCUUCAUCGAUCCCGAAUUCGCCGAAGACCCGAGAAUGGCCAGAGUCGAGUCCAUCACGCUUUCGUACACUUUCUUCGAAGCCAAGGAAGGACAGAAAUUGCCAGUUCCGGGUUACAGCUGAGACGGACCGCUGUCCCGCCUCCCCGCCCCGGCCCCCCCGGAUCCGCGGCCGGACCUUGGAGAAUCUCCGUUUCGCUAUGCCGAGAGAAACCUCUGCAGCCCAAAACGUGCAUCUGAACGCGGCGCGAGGUCUGGACCGUCUCACUGUUUUCACCCCAAGUCUUUGCGCCCUAGGCGAGAAGCGGUGCAGCGCAUUUUUUUUAAAACGCCAACCCAUCUGUUCUCUCCGCACUGGAAGCGAGACCCCCCCCCCCCCCCCCCGCCACCUCUUCAGCAGCGAGACGAUCUGGACGGGAACCGGCUCGACCUUGCCGGUGAGAAUCCAAGCGCCGGCCCGAAGAGCCCGACCGGCGGGGAUCCCGUCCUCUCUCCUCCCCCCGAAAAGGGGGUUUCUGCGGACAAGGCGAGGAGCCCGUUGUCACGGCGAGUCCCGGACCUCCCCUGCCGGUACGUUUCCGGACCUCCGGCUCUCAGAAGAUGGAGGGGGCGGGGAGGAAGGAGGUCGCAAGCAUCCAAGGAGAGGCACACGAGGCCGACGGGGCCGCUCCCGGGGGGCCGCGCUGUCAGAAACGAGGUCGAUCUUUACGAAUUAAAGGGACUCGAAUCACCUCUGUGGUGUUUAUUCAUUGA